AUGCCCUUUGGCCUCUGUAAUGCACCAGGGACGUUUCAAAGGCGCAUGAUGAGUAUUUUCUCCGACUUGCUCGAGAACUGCAUUGAGAUCUUCAUGGAUGAUUUCACAGUCUAUGGGAAUUCAUUUGAGUCGUGUCUUGGAAUUGUUCUAGGCCAUAUUGUGUCAAGAAAGGGGAUACAAGUUGACAAGGCCAAGGUGGAUGUGAUUAAAAAAUUGUCAUUUCCUACCAAUCAGAAAGAGAUACAGGCAUUUCUGGGAAAUGCUGGGUUUUAUGGGAGGUUCAUAAGAGACUUUGCAAAAAUCGCUCAGGCAUUAACCCACCUUCUUAAAAAUGACGUGGAAUUUGGUUUUGAUGAACCAUGUCAGAAGGCGUUCCAGCUCUUGAAGGAUCGACUUGUCUCAGCCCCAAUCAUCAGAGCUCCUGACUGGAAUCACCCUUUGAGUUUGAAGAAUGUGCUCGACGCAGCUGAUCCAGUAGCCUUUUUGAAUGAAGUAAGCAGAAGGCAAGCUGAGCCGUGGUUCGCUGAUCUAGCGAACUAUUUGGUAACUGGAGAACUGCCUUCAACACCAGAGGUGACUAGAGCUCAAAGCCAGUGCCAAUUGACAGGGGGAAUUUCUGCCAAAGAUGAGAUGCUGCAAGUACCCAUCGUGGUUUGCGAGAUAUUUGAUGUAUGGGGAAUGGAUUUUAUGGGCCCUUUUCCUUCAUCCUAUAGGAAUUCUUACAUUCUAGUUGCAAGUGGGUGGAGGCUAAGGCAACGGUACGGGAUUCCUAGGGCCAUAAUCUCGGAUCAAGGCACUCACUUCUACAACCGUACAAUCGAAGCUCUCAUGAAGAAUGAGUCCUUCGAGGAAGGACUGGAGCUAAAGGUUGAACGAUGCCUUGUGGGCUUAUCGCAUUGCAUACAAAACUCCGAUCGGCAUGUCACCAUACAGACUGGUUUUCGGGAAAAAGAGGUGAAAAUGCAACCUAAGGUGUGUGCUGAAGAAAGAAAGCUCCAAUUGCAAGAGUUGGAAGAACUCAGACUGGAAUCCUAUGAUGCAGCCAUGUGGUAUAAGGAGAAAACUAAGUUGCGGCAUGACAAAAACCUGAGGGUGAAUGAGCUGCAAGUGGGAGAGAAAGUUCUGUUGUUCCAAUCAAGACAUAAGGUGAUGCCCGGGAAGUUGAAAUCAAAGUGGAUGGGACCAUACACCAUCGUUGCCCUUAAAACAAACGGAGCAGUGGAACUUCAGGGAAGUGAUCUGAAUUCUGCCCCUUUUAUGGUUAAUGGUCAUUAA